UUUAGCAAGCUUAUUUAAGCACCACUUCAAAGUGUGGAAAGUUCUGAUGCUGGAUAUUCAUGUUUGCAUGUAUAGCUUUUUUCUUGUUGAACGGAUUUUUGUGACAAGCCAAAGAAUGGAGCUCAGCAACAUCACAACGAGCACCAAACCUUUGCCUCAAAAGACAGACGACUCGGUGGACAUCGACUACGUAAUGGAGAUGGUAUUGAUAGUUUUAUACAGCAUCACUAUUAUUCUGGGAGUAACCGGAAACAGCAUAGUGAUCUGGAUGACUGGCUGCAAACUGAAGAAGACUGUGACCAACGUCUGGCUCCUCAACCUGGCUGUGGCCGACCUGGUCUUCUGCUUCACCCGAGUCACCUCUUUGCUCAAGAACCUCUUCUACACCUACUGGCCCUUUGGAGAGUUCCUCUGCAAGUUCAACGGCUUCUUCAAGUACAUGAACAUGUUCUGUAGCGUCUUCAUUCUAGCAGUCAUCAGCCUUGACCGCUGCUUUUCUGUAGUCUUUGCCAUCCGGAUCAAGCAGUGGCGCACUGUCCAGAUGGCUUCUUUUGCCAGCGUAGGAGUUUGGGUGCUGGCCACAGUCUUUAGCCUGCCGUACUUCCUAUUCCGACAGGUCUCUAUGGAUCCAGGAAAUGGGAAUCUCUCCAAGUGCUCCUUAGAUGUUCCUGGAAGCAAAGACGGAUACCAGAAUAAGCUGGCCCUCUACAUAUUGAGGUUCCUUAUUGGUUUCUUGGUCCCCUUUUUAAUCAUUGUCACUUGUUAUGCCAUCAUGGCUUGGAAGUUGAGGCGGACACGGGUGCCCAAAAAGUCCUUCAAGAUCAUUGCUGCAUUGGUGGCUGCCUUUUUCUUCUGUUGGGCGCCUUACCAUGUCUUUUUGCUGGCCAAGAUGGUCAAUAAGAAGUCUUUGGCGGUGAAGGUUGCUCUUCCUUUGUUCAAAGGCCUGGCCUACUUCAAUAGCUGCAUCAACCCCAUCCUUUAUUUCCUCAUGGCCCUGGAUCUGAAGAAGAGGUAUAAUCAAACACUGUCUUUGGUGUGCAUCAGAGCUUUCAGUGAGGAAUCGGAUAGUUCCAGCCAUUGCCAGUCAACAAGGAGAGACAGAUGCACUAUGGCAAACACAGUGCAGGUUGCUUCAUUGUAAAAAUACUCAAAACUCAAAACAUUAGUAGCCUCUGUCUUGACAAUUUAGUUAAGAUACUGUCAAUACUGUGACAUUUUUAGUGCUCAUACAUUUUUGAAAAAUGUUGUUUUUACAUAUCUAAGAAGGUUGUUAUAUACAGGCGCUCCUUGACUUACGACGCUUCGACUUACGACACACGGCACUUACGACUCUUUUGCAUUAUUACCCUGCUUCGACUUUACAAUAUCGAUACGGCAUUUACGACAUGGCGAGACUCUGCAACUGAUGCAUAGUUCAUACACCCUAGUCUCUGUAAGUCGCCUUGGAUAAAGGCGUCUGCUAAAUAAACAAAUAAUAAAAACAAUGUCUGAUAAGAGCAGUGGACUCAAAACGAAACCUAAGCUGUGAACUCUGUCACAUGAUGAGAGGCUUAACUUCAGGCGAUCGUAGUUCCGGCUAGGAGUACCGCAUACACACACUGAAUACGUCAUUAGAAAGCCCAGAGUCUGUACUUUUAAACAAGCCAGGUAUGUGCCUGAGUAAUAUACGUGUAAGCACCGGGGCGCUGGUGCCCCAAAAUCAGCGGGCUGAGUGUAAAGAGUUAAAUAAAUAUUUGCAUGAGUACAAUAUAACGGAUCGUUUUUGUAAAAAUAUAUUAUCUGGCCAAAGAGUCAGGAACGUAACCCAAAUUUAUAACAUUGUUCCUAUGGGAACACGUGCUUCGACUUACGACGCUUCAACUUACAACACGACUUUCAGGAACCAAUUGUGUCAUAAGUGCGAUGACUGCCUGUAUUAGGAAAGUUUAUGUGAAUGGUUUGUAUACCUUAGACUGCAAGAUUGAGCGUUUUUGUACAUUAUUAUAUAUUAUCUAUAUUAAUGUAUAGAAAUGUAGUGUUUAGUGCUUUUUUACCAUUACAACACACAGACUAAUCCAUAAAGUGGGAUUAUGUUUAAAUACAGCAGGAGAAGAGUUGAAUUUGAAUAUACUUCUGUAUUAACACACUUUACUUUUUUGGGUUAAAAUCGGAUGGGAAGAUGUCCACAGACCAACAGUUUUCCUGAGCUGCAGUAAAAGUGUGUAAUUAGUCAUGCUAUAAUGGAGAGAAAUAAUUACUGUAAUUAUAUUGUUUGCUCUAGAACUUAAAAUGGACAGAUGUUUACCAUAGCACCCUUCUAAUGAACAGGACGUGUGUUGUGUUGCAUUAACAUUAUUAUUUAUUUCAUAGCAGAUGCCCUUAUCCAGGGUGACUUACAAUUGUUACAAGAUAUCACAUUAUUUUUUGUAUACAAUUACCCAUUUAUAUAGUUGUGUUUUUAUUGGAGCAAUCUAGAUAAAGUACCUUGCGCAAGGGUACAGCAGUGUCCCUCACCUGGGAUCGAACCCACGACCCUCCGGUCAAGAGUCCAAAGCCCUAACCACUACUCCACAACAUACGCCACAAAGCAAAGCAACACAACACACAAGCCCUGGAGUGUGUCAACCUGCUUAGAAAACAGAUCCAAUAAAAAAAGGUUAUUUAAAAAAAAGAACAAUUUGUAUUAUUAAUAUAUUAUAUAUAUAUUAUUAUGUAUUAUAUAUCCUUCCUCUUUGUAGAAAAAAAAUAGUCCCACAAAUUAUAUUUCUUGUAAACAUUAAAGUGGAGGUUUUCAACAUUUCCAUUUAUUGUAAUUAAUUAGAAUGAAUGAAGUCUCUGUGCUGGUCUCACUCGCUCCGUAAACAGCACUGACAUAACCUGCAAGGUUUUAAUGACCAAACCUUUAU